GCAAAAGAAGUGCUGGUAGAUGCUUAAAUGCACGUUUUGCGCGAGAAUAUCUGAUUGUUCAAAAGCGAAAAAUAGCCAGUAUGAUUAAGGCAUUUUUGACACCUGAUUGUUCAUCCGAGAACUUGUUGCUAAGGAAGUCAAUUGUCUUGUGGUAAUCACGGGACGAGGUGACUGCUUGCCCUGCCCGGCCGGCACAUUUCGAAUUUAUCAUUUGACUUUGACGCAGCUACUGAACGGAAGACAACAGGAUGGCAAAUGUACUCAUUCUGACCUUGGCCUUUUCCGCUGCAGUCUUUUCAGUUCCUUUGUCACCAAGAAAAGUAGUAAAAAACAUUAAGCAUGUACACACAGUCCCAACUUAUUUCAGAAGGCAAGACAAUGAUGGCCAGUUAAUAAGCAGACAGUCACCACAAUAUGGGGUGGAGAUAAGCCAACCUAUCGUCGAAGAGAUUUCGAAGUAUGACAAGAAGAAGGCUGUUUUGAAAGCAAAGCCUUUGAUCAUCAAAAAUGGAGAUGAAGUUACAGUUUCUUGGUACGGAGUUUCGAACGCAAAUGUCAACGACUGGAUCGCCUUAGUAUGCCCCCAUACAGAGAAAAUUGAGAGGCAAUUUGAUCAUUUUUUUGUUAAUGAGACAGAUACCUGGGAACAGGGGUCUGGCAGUCACACAGUUCGUGUUUUCAACACGAGAAAUGAUUGCCAGUUCCGUUAUUUCAGGAACAGAGAAGGUUCUACCUUGGUUGCACGAAGUAACAAGAUUGGCUUUGAAUUUGGUGGAGAUGCCCCUUUGCAAGGAAGGCUGGCUGUAACGGGAAAGUCUACUGAAAUGAGAGUUAUGUGGACUGCUGCUAAAUCUGAGAGCCAUGUGGUUAGGUAUGGAACAUCUCCAAAGAAGCUUGAUAUGAAAGCAAGUGGUAAAUCAUGGACAUACAAAGCAAGUGAUAUGUGUGGGCCUGGUGCCAAUUCAACUGGUUUCCGGGACCCUGGAUACAUGUAUGAUGUCCUGUUGGCAGAUCUGAAGCCAAUGACCAGAUAUUUUUAUUCUUAUGGAACAGAGGGAGCAAUGAGCCCAGUGCUCAACUUUUCAACUCCGAUACCAAGUGGGUCAGAUAAACCAUUCAAGUUCAUUGUUUAUGGUGACAUGGGUGUUUCCACGUUUCCUAGGGCUGAAAGAACCGCCCAGCUUAUGCUGCAUGAGUACCAUGACAACAAUGCCCAGUUCAUCUUUCAUAAUGGCGACAUAUCAUAUGCUGAAGGACAGGCAUACAUUUGGGAGCAAUGGCAUGCAGAAAUCGAGUCAUACUCUACCUUGAUGCCUUACAUGGUUAGCAUCGGUAAUCAUGAGCAAGAUCAUACAAGUGGUGGGGAAAAGGACCCCAGCGGUGCCCCAGGUCAAGGAUUCCAUCCCUACUGGGGUAACUUCGGUGAUGAUUCAGGAGGAGAAUGUGGUGUACCAAUGUAUAAUAGGUUCCACAUGCCUGACAACGGCAACCACGUUUGGUGGUAUAGUUUCGACUAUGGUAUGGUUCACAUGAUUGUAAUUAGCAGUGAGCAUGACUAUCAGCCGGGAACAAGGCAGUAUGAAUGGCUGGAAAAGGACCUGAAAAGUGUGAACCGUACCAAGACACCAUGGGUCAUGAUUGGCGCUCACCGUGCAAUGUAUUCAAGUCAGAAAAUCUCAUCGGAUCUCAGAACAUCAUUUGGUAUGCAGAUGGCGUUUGAAGACCUUCUUUACAAGUAUCAUGUCGAUAUCGCGUACUGGGCCCAUUACCAUAGCUACGAACGUACUUGCAAGGUUUACCGCCACGAAUGCAGAAAUGACGGCGUCCUUCAUUUGAUUGUUGGCUCCGCAGGUGCUGGUGUCGAUACGGAGGACUACUAUGGCAUGCCAUGGUCUGUGUAUCAUGAGAAUGACUACGGAUAUGGUCGUGUCACAGUGGCUAAUUCCACUUCACUUAUGUUUGAGUGGAUACGCAAUAAAGACAACGUUGUCAGAGAUCACGUGUGGCUGCAUAAAUGAAGUGAAUUCUUGAAAAUGCUUAAAGGCACCUUGACGAUAUUUAUGCAGAUUUCAAAAUAAUGCCUACAAUAGCGAUAUCUUAACGUUUUUAAACUUUGCGCUGCUUUUAAAAAGUCUUGUUUGUUGAAAAAUUAAACAAGUAGACGAUUCUUAGUGAUCUUAUUUAAUUACAAAGAGAGACAUUCUACGAGACCACAAGACACUUUUCUUACCUUGCGAGAUUUGGACCUCCGCUUUUUCGUUUGAUAUUAAACAAAUGAAAACGAAUGGGUCAUAUAA